CCUCGAUGCCGGUACACGAGCGAACGCAGGGCGCUGAUGACCCGGCACAUCGAGGCGCACCAGCGGCCCAUGAACUGGGUGUGCGCGGGAGUGCCGCUCGAGGACGCGGGCGAGCACUUUGUCGAUCCGGACGAGCUCGAAGUGGACGAUUGCAACGGACGGCGGAGGGUGGGCGGAUGCUCCGCCUUGUUCAGGGAACAGCGUGCUCUUCUCAAACACUUGCAGACUACCGUCAACUGCGUUGGC